GCUCCAGGGCAAUGCUACACAAUGCAACAAGCGGAAGCAGAUCACGAUUGGUAGUGAUGCUGCUUUUUGUAUGACUCGCCGCUCCUACCUUAUCAUCUACAGGACUUUCACUACUACCAACGAAUUAAAAAUGAAAUAUUCUGUUAACGAGGCCAUGCCCCUUUCAAAAACAGCUGAUUCGAUGACGCACGGGCGAGAAUUCUCCUUUAGCUGAUUAUCGCUACAUACUGCACUGUCCUGCUGCAAUCGACUGUUGUAAUUAGCAAAGGAGCGAUAAACGAAUGUUAGCGAAUGCAUUGUGUGUUCAUAUUUUUAAACAUACCUCAUUAUUAAACAUGUUUUUAAUUAUUAAUGCGGUAAAUGACUGCAAUCACUCAAUGGAACUAUUCACCAUAAUUGGCUCGACGUUCCUAGUCAAAAAGCUGGUGGCUAGUAUCAAAGCUAUUGUUAUGUUCAAAUCAAAGAUUAGUGUUUCGUUGGUUUUAUGCAGCCAUCUAAUAUUCAUAGUUCUACGAAACUCAACGAUUUUAUGUUUAACAACCUCAUAAAAAACUCGCAUCGAUGCUUAUCAGGAGCGGUGACUCAAGUGCGAUUGAUUCAUUGUCAUAGCAAACAACCGUCAAAAAACGAACCAAACUCACGAUCGUGGUUGUUACAGUCUGAGUAUUGGCUAUGUGGCGACGGCGACACGUCUAAUCUCGGCAGAUGUUUCACAAUGAAGAAUCAAUGCCAAACCUUUGAUAAGACCCCAGAAUAUUCUCAACAGAGAACACACGGCACGAGACUGCGUCAGAGGUCAGGCACACCCUGUUGUUGAUUUUACCAUACAGGAAGCAAGACAGACGGCACCCCGUGCCAGUAUCCAAACAUUGCCAACAUUACCAUUCGAAUGAUAAACCCAAGCAAACAAACAAACCCUACAACAGGGCGUGUGUUCAGACCAACGUGACAUAAGGGUUAUAGGGUAGUGGAGCCUUCGACUGAACGCGAAGCACCUUAACUUGAAGUUGGAGUUUAGUUGAAAUCGUGGCUCCAUGACGAGAGGAUGUUUUAAAAUGUUGGCCGCACUGGCAGUCCUCUUCUCUGUCUGCGCCCUCACAGCAGCAAUUGACAGUGAAAGCGUCCAAGUGGAGACAUUACAGCGGUCCACAGAACCACGCUCGGCCAAAACCCCUUGGAUGGCAACCAUUUUUGUGCUCUCGGCCAACGGAACCAGUCGGCACUGUUGCAAUGGAGCCGUCAUCUCCGAGCAGACCGUACUGACGACAGCGAGCUGUCUACUGCACUGCGGUAACGCAACGGAUCGUUGGCGAGUUCGACUGGGCGUGUGGGAUCACGACGUCCCAGUGGCCGCACACCAACCGGAGAUCUAUCGUGUGCGCAACUUCAAACAACACAAAGACUUCCAACCGUAUACGAGGCUGAUGAACAUAGCGGUACUGGAGCUGGACGGAGUGGUACAGAGUGGUCCCAACAUUCAGCACGCCUGCCUUCCGGAGGAAGAGGAUUCGAUCGGUAAGCGACAGCGGAAUCUGCUCUACACUGGCUGGGGUGCAAGCUUUGUGGCAGAGCGGCCCAGUUGUGCCGAGAAUACCCUCAAGACGUCCCAGCUGCAGACCAUCACCAAGCGCUCCUGUUUGGAGCGACUGAGAACGGUUCAAGUGGAUGCUGUGCUACAACGAGGUGCGGCGUGUGUUGUGGCCAAGGAUCAUGAUUGGUUGUGCCGGGGGAAAGCCGGUGCACCGGUCGUGGCUGAACUGCCCGGUGAUGCUGGCUGUCGGUACAUUCUGUACGGAUUGGUCUCGAGGAACUACGGGUGUCUGGAACUGGACGCGCCAACUGUGGUCACGAAGGUCGCCCAUUUUCGACGGUGGAUUGACGCUACGCUGGCGCGUCUGAUUGCCCGGAAUCGCCGGAAUUUUCUCAGGAAAAAUCAAAACCAUAAGCGUAAGCGAGUUUGAGCAUCGCGUGUCUUCGAGUGUCAUUGAGACAGUCGAGGUGCGCCAGAUAAGGAAACGACCGGGCAGCGAGUGCAUCACUCGUGGAACAGUUCCCGGUUGGUGCAAGGGAGUUUUGAAGAAGAACUAUAUUUUAACAGGUGACGUAACAGUGAUGACUCACUCUGCAGAGUCUCUAUCAAUGGAGUUUCAUAACUACCUCGCGCAGUAGAUACUAAAAGAGCUAUCUCGAAUCAUAAAAGAAAUCUCUGCAUCAGGCUUCGAUUCAUCGUUAGCUGCUGUUGAAAUGAACGACUCGGUGUACAAAAGAAUCUAAAGUAAAUGAAUAUAUCGUACCAUUUUGGUUCAUGUUUCUUUUACAUAAUCGAUGACAAUGUUCCUAUAUUUUGUGGAAAACUUUUGGCACUGCUUCGAAAUAGGAUAAAAUUAGGUUAGAAACUUCUUGUCUUUGGUAUUUAGGAGAAUAAAUUUUCUAGUAUCCUUUACCAGCAUAA